AUUUGGAUCAACGCAUCCCCACAUUUUUGGUGGCCCCGCCCCUUCGCGUGCAAUGUCUCACAUCGCGCCAACUGUCAACCCAGACGCCAACCCGUAAACUGCAAAACCCCAUUCAAUUCUUCAAUGGGGCGCCGAAGGCAUCCCUCUCCUCUGUGAUCAACGCAACCGCCCCGCCUCUCUCUCUCUCACUCUCUCUCUCUCACCACGAGUUUUUCCCAAGACCACGUCUACUAUGGACGACAUUGACGACAUUCUUGCAGAGAUUGCCGUCGACUCUAUACCACAGGAGACUCGCGAUUUGCAAGAGCUAACGCGAUGUUGGGUGGCAGAGCGGGUGGCUCCGGAGCUCCUGCCUUGGCCGGAAGAAGUGGUUGAGCGCGUGCUAGAGAGAAUCAGGAGGCAGAUAGAGUUGGUCGAGGACCAGACGGGGGACAUGGACCCUAAGACGGGGUUUCGCCUGAUCGUGGUGCAGACCGAGCUGGAGAGGUUUAAGUUCCUGGUUCGGAGCUUUUUGAGGGCCCGGUUGAGAAAGAUCGAUGCCCACCCGCUCCACAUCCUUAAUCAACACAAGGACUCGCUCGAAAUAUCCCGGCCAUUGCUCUCUGCGUCCGAGCACCAGUACCUCACAACGCACCAAUCGCUGCUCGCCACGCACUACAACUCCUCUUUCCUCUCGCAAUUCCCGGCCUCGCUCCAACGUCUUGAUGAUACAACUGGGGGCAUUAGCAUGGUUGAUAAGCCGGACGAGGAUGCUGCCAUCUUCGUCAGGUGUCUGAGAGACGUGGGAGAGAUUUUAAUUGACGGGACAGAGACGAGAAUAGACAUGAAACGAGGCGAUGUCUGGGUGGUGAGAUGGAGUGCGGUCAAACAAUGGGUGGAGGUGGGAGAUCUGGAAGUGAUAUGAUUUCAUGUGGAAUCAUACACAGUACAUACGAUGCAGUUCCGCUCUCAGUCGAACAACUGAGGAGGCGUGCUACAAGCAUUAAGAUAACGGCAAAUUUGAGCAAGACACAUGGUUUUGGAUGAUACCCUCGAAAGGAAAUAGGAACUUCUUUUGAAUACGAUGGCUUUCC